AUGGCUGUUGCUUUAGCUGUGGGAAGUUCUGUCCUGUCGGCUUUCCUUCAAGUUGUAUUUGAUAGGAUGGCUACAAAAGAGUUCGUGAAUCUGUUUCAAAAAAGAAAGAAUGAUGAAGAACUCCUCCAGAAACUCAAGCUGAACUUACUAGCACUCGGAGCUGUGCUUGAUGAUGCAGAGAACAAGCAAACUAGGAACCAAUCUGUCAAAGGAUGGCUAGAUGAGCUUCAUGAUACCAUUUACCAGGCAGAUGAAUUACUUGAUGAGAUCAACACUGAAGCACUACGACUAGAGGUUGAAGCCGAACACCGAAGCUCAGCUAGUCAGGUAAGUGUUUCCACUUACAGCAAAUCUUCCAGUAAUGAUUUCCUUAAGAAGAUGAUGCCAGAGAUAGAAAAAAUGGUUGUCAAACUAGAUUGGUUCGUACAACAAAUUAAUCCCCUGGGUCUGCAAGUUGUUGAUCAAAAAAUUCAAUCAUGUCGACGACUGCCUUCCACUUCUUUGGUUGAUGAGACCAGCGUGUAUGGUCGAGAAGUUGAUAAAGAGAAGAUAAUUGAAAUGCUACUAUCUGAGAGUGUAAAUAGAGUCAAUGUCACUGUGAUUCCAUUGGUUGGCCUUGGGGGAAUUGGUAAGACCACUCUUGCUCAAUUGGUUUACAAUGAUAAGCGGGUGCAAGACCAUUUUUCUAUAAAAGCAUGGGUUUGCAUAUCUGAAGAUUACGAUGCUACCAGGAUAACAAAAGAACUUCUUGGGGAGCUCGAUAUUCCAUUUUCUGAUAUGAGUGAGAAUUUGAAUUCCCUUCAAAUGAAGUUACAAUUGGGGCUAACUCAAAAACAGUUUCUUCUUGUUUUAGAUGAUUUUUGGAAUCGGGACUACAAUGACUGGGAUAAAUUGAAGGUGCUAUUCAAAGGUGGAUUGCAAGGAAGUAAAAUCAUUGUAACUACACGUGAUGAGAAAAUUGCACUAAUGAUGUGUAAAAAAGAGUCGAUUUAUCAUCUGGAUUUGAUGAAAGAGGGAGAUUCUUGGUCAUUGUUUGAAAAGCACGCAUUUGAAAAUAUAGAUGGAAAUCAAAGUUCGGAACUUGAACAGAUAGGUAAGAAAAUUGUGAAGAAGUGUGGAGGAUUACCUUUGGCCAUGAAAACAGUUGCAGGUCUCUUGCGUUCGGAAACAACUGCUGAAGAGUGGAAAGAUAUUUUAGUAAGUGAAGAUUGGAGUCAAACAGACAAUCAAGAUGGCAUCUUGCCAGCAUUGAGAUUAAGCUAUAAUCAUCUUCCUUCACAUCUAAAAAGGUGCUUUGCCUUUUGUGCUGUAUUUCAUAAGGAUUACCAGUUUGAGAAGGAGGAAAUAAUUCAAUUAUGGCAAGCUCAUGAUCUUUUGGAGAACCCUAGAGGUAAUAGAAGAAUUGAAGAAAUAGGUGAACAGUACUUGCGUGAGUUGAGAUUGAGGUCAUUGUUUGAGCAGUCAACUGCCAAUUUUUUCAUAAUGCAUGACCUUGUCAACGAUUUGGCUAGAUUUGUUUCUGGAAAAUAUUGUCUCAGGUUGGAAGAUCAUCACCUAGGGCAUGGUACAAUAGGUAGAAUAAGUAACUUUUCUUACCAUCCUAGUUCUUAUGACACCUAUCAAAAAUUUGAACUCUUGAGGGGGACUAAGAACUUGAGAACAUUUUUAUCAUUAAGUAUUAGUAAAAAUUUAAACCAGAAAUAUGAAGUAAGCCCCAAAUUUUUACAUGGAAUGUUGCCCAAAUUCAAGUCCUUAAGGGUUCUGUCUUUGUUGGGCUAUCAUAUCAUUAAGUUGCCCGACUCAAUUAGUCAUUUGAAACACCUACGUUUUUUGAAUCUCUCUUCCACAAACGUGAAUACCCUACCAGAAUGGAUAUGCACCUUCUAUAACCUACAAACCUUGCUGUUGACAAAUUGUAAGAAACUUCAAGAGUUGCCAGUAAAUUUGGCAAAGUUAAUUAAUUUGUCUUACCUGGAUAUAAGUGGAACUCCAUUGAAGACAAUGCCACUACACAUGGGUAGACUCAGAAACCUUCAAGUCUUGACUAAGUUUAUAGUAGGCAAGAGUAGUGGUUCAAUGAUCGAGGAGUUGGGCAAAUUUCGUAAGCUUCGUGGUGGGCUCUUCAUUUCAAAUCUAGAAAAUGUUUCUUGUGGUAGGGAUGCAUCAAUGGUGAACCUAAAGGGUAAGAAACACCUUGACAAGUUAGCUUUGAAAUGGAAUGGUGAUACCAAUGAUUCGCAAGUUGCGAAAGACGUGCUUGAUAAUUUAGAACCUCAUUCAAGCAUAAAACUUCUCAAGAUCGAAGGAUAUUGUGGGACAACAUUUCCAAAUUGGAUAGGCAGCCCUUCACUAACCAAUUUGAAAUCCUUGAGUCUAUCUAGUUGUGAAUAUUGCUUAUUCUUGCCUGCACUUGGGCAGCUAAGAUCUUUGCAAUCACUUGAAAUUGUUGGAAUGAGUUGCAUAUCAGCUUUAACAGAGGAUUUUUAUGGAGACACUAGGGCAACUAUGGCGUUCACAUCUUUGAAAAAGUUGGGAAUUGAGAAGAUGCCAGAGUUGGAGAAAUGGCACAUACCAAAAUAUGAAGUCUUCAAUAACCUUGAAGAACUCUAUAUAAUUGAUUGCCCCAAACUAAUUGGAGAACUCCCCCAACAAUGUUCAUCACUACGAAUUCUUGAGAUAUCCAGGUGCGACAGUCUUGUUCUUCCCAAUGGUCAAUUAAGUAUCUUCAAUGGAAACAACAUUCAACAAUUCACAUCUCUUUGUGAUCUGAAGAUUUCAAAUCUAAAGAGUUUGAAAGGGUUGUGCCUAGAGCUCAACCAGUUAGUCAAGCUUCAGAGAUUGAGCAUAGUUGACUGUGGGUCUCUCUUACCCUUUCUCCCGAGUUACCUACCUUCCUCACUGAAAGUACUUAAUUAUGAAGGUUGUUGCAACUUGGAAGUCGAGAGUGAAAACUGGCAACUGGAGGAUUUGACAUUAGUUAAUUAUGAUUCUCACAAAGUUGUGUGCCUUGGCCGGUUUCCUAUGCUAAAAAGCCUUGAAAUUUUGAACUGCAAAAGUACUGGGAUUGGGAGCCAAAAUAGUGGUGCUGCUACUAGUGUGAUGACGUCACUGCAAACCUUAACCAUCUCCGGCUCGGUUGAUCUAAUUUCUUUCCCUGAGGGCAGGUUGCCAGCAGCUCCCAAGCUAACGCAGCUUCAUCUCUGGAAUUGCAAGAAGCUCAAGUUCUUGCCGCAACAGAUGGAUUCCCUCUUCCCAUCUCUUCGGCAUCUGUUUAUAAGCUGUUGUCCAAAUAUCGAAUGCUUACCGGAAGGAGGUUUGCCCUCUAGCCUACAAUGCCUUGACAUCUCCACUUGCAAAAAGCUCAUAAGUCGCCGGAGAGAGUGGGGUGUAGCGAAACUGCCCUCCCUCACGCAAUUCAGAAUUGGUGGUAUCGAUGAUGAAGUAGAGUCAUUUCCAGAGGAGGAUUGGCUACUGCCUUGCACACUUCAAUCUCUCCAAUUAUGGGCCCAUAAGAAUCUGAAAAAGCUAAGCUAUUCUGGCCUUCGACACCUUUGCUCCCUUCAGACACUAUAUAUCAGAAACUGUACUCGGCUCCAAUCCCUACCGGAAGAGGGACUGCCUGCCUCACUCACCACACUAGAAAUCGAGAAAUGCCCACUAUUGAAACCAAGGUUAAGAUGGAAGAAAGGACAAGACUGGCCCAAGGUUGCCCGCAUCCCAUGCAUAAUAGUCGAUUUGGAGCUAGUUCCUUGAUGAUGACCCUGGGUACUGGUAAGGGCUUGCCUCCCAAUGUUACAAGACCCUUAUCAUCAUCACCAUCUAUUUACGUAAUUAAAGGAAUAGCCAGUUGUGAAUAGCUAGUGUGUUUUGAAGGUGGAGGUUAUCGCUGCUGCAACAAUCUCGGCCAAGGUAGAUUCUGAUCAAGCAAUGCGACCAACUCAGGCAGACCAAGGCUUUCCUCAAUUGGUAAAUGCUGAUGGAGAAAAAAAAAACUUCAUACUCUGUAAGGUA